AUGACGUCAUAAUCAGAGUGCACACAGAAACCUCGGCAUUCGUCAAGGUGGAAUCCCUUGGCGAUUGAAGUCACUUAUACUGCCAAAUCUCGUGCUGUUAUUCAUAACGUAGUUAGACAGAAUACAAUGGAUCGAAACAAGGGUCCCCUCCAGAAACUGCUGCUCCUCGAUGAAUACAGCGACCUUGAAGACAUCGUCCUUCUCGAGGCAACAUUUGUUGAGCUGGACAAAUGUGGCGAUGCUGUACAGCAGGUCAUCCUGGGACUGUCUCCAGACCAUCUCCUACUAGGCAGACGACAAAUUCUCAACUGGAAGGAAGACCCCGCAAUCACCUCCAGCGUCGAUGUCGACCUAGCAGUUGACGGGAUGGAACUGAAGUGGCUCAUUCCUCUCAGAUCAGUUGACAUCUCAACCGUUUCAGAAGAUUUCAUUUUGAAAGUGUCCGCAAGGCACUCUCGAUCCCGUUAUUUCGAGUUAUGCACCGUGCGUGAGAGGGAUUCAAGAUGGAACAACUGGCUAGAUCGGAUCAAAUAUCUCCAGGAUGAUCCUUAUGGCUACAUAUCACAUCUGCCUCUCAGACAGGGGUCCUUGCUGUCGCUCACUAGCAGUGAAUCGUCGUUGUUCCUCGGAAACUCAGUUGGGGACACGAACUCUCCGAAACUUGCUUUUGAUCUGGACAUGACGGCCUCGGGGGAGGGUCCCGCCAUGGAGGAAAGCACAUCCACCGCUGAUGAUGAGAAAGCGGAAAGGAAUGAGUUGAUUGGGGAUCACAAGGACAAAGGCUCCAAAGGCUCCAAAAGGAAGAACUUUUUCCGCCGCUUCAUGAAGAAAUAUAAAUGCAAGGACAUCGGCAAGCGAAGCAAGAGUAAAGGCUAAAUAAACCAUGUUAUAUUUCUUCA